AUGAAAUUUAUAAUUUAAAAAUAAAUAUUUAAAGUUCUAAUUCAUACUAAAACAGUUCUAAAAAUAAAAUUGCUAAUAAUCUUAAACAUUUUUAUUUAUGUAUUUAAAAAUAAAAAUCUGAUGAAGGAGGGGUUCGAACCCUCGCCCUUUCGGAAUAGAGCCUAAAUCUACCGCCUUAGACCACUCGGCCACUUCAUCUCACAUGAAUUGUAAAGAAGAAUCUCUGAAAUAGUUAAAAUGAUAACAAAAUAAAAUUUAAAAAAAUAGGAAUAUUAUAAUGAAAUUAUAUAUGAGAAUGUAUGUUUAAGCGUGAAAGAAGAAUCUAAAAUAAUUAAAAAAAAACUAAUCGCAAAUCUUUAUAUUUUCGAUUAAAAUUACAAAAUUUAUUAAUUUAUCAAAAAUAAAAAUCUGAUGAAGGAGGGGUUCGAACCCUCGCCCUUUCGGAAUAGAGCCUAAAUCUACCGCCUUAGACCACUCGGCCACUUCAUCUAACACAAUCAAGUUGACUAAAAUUGUAAUAACUAAAAUAGCAGCAUUUCUAAUGAAUUUAAACUAAUUAAUUAUCAAAUUUCUAUUGUUGAUCAAAUCAAAGAUAAAAUAUGA